AUGGCUCAAGUUCGGAUUUCUGAUCCAGGAAUCAGUGAAGCGUACCAUCGCAUCACCGCUGCCGAUCCUGAGAUAGAUUACAUGUUGCUGUCCUAUAUCGGUCAAACAAAUGAUCUCAAGGUUCAGGAGCAAGGGACGGGGGGGCUGGCCGAACUCCAAGAUAGCUGGAACGACGGUCGGAUUCAGUUUGCGUUCGUGAGGGUGAAAGAAGCAGGAUCUGGCUUGACGAAAUUCGUCCUGAUUGCGUGGUGCGGCGACGGUGUACUGGAAUCGCGCAAAGGUCUUUUUCAUUCACAUGCAAGCACAGUAGCUCAAUUCCUCAAAGGUUACCACGUCCAAAUCAACGCAAGAUGCGACGCCGAUGUCGAGCCCUCCCACAUCAUGAAAAAGGUAGCCGAUUCUAGUGGCGCUAAGUACAGCGUGCAUAACGAGAAACCUGUCAAAAGAGAGAUGCCAGCGCCCGUGGGGACGAAUUAUAAACCGAUUGGACGUCCUGACAUUGCAUCAAUGACUAGCAAACAAAAGCCCACCCCUCCUCCGCCAGUUGGCACUUCGUAUACACCUAUGAAAAAUGAAUUAGCUGAAAUCAGAGCCGCCCGAACAGCUCCUUCAGCCGCGCCAGUUCCAGCCCGGGCUCCUGUCGGGCGCAGCAUGAAUGAUGACGACUUUGAGCCAACAAUCAAAGCCACUUCCACCCCGCCACCACCGGUUCUUCCUACACGCCCCCCCACGACGCAAGCCUCAGCACAGACACAAGGAACACAAAACAAUGAUAAUGAAGGGCGCCCGGGUUAUGUUGGAACUGCAUAUACUCCGGUAUCACUUGGGAAGCCAGGAAAACUUGGAAGUAGAUUGUCGGCUUUUUCGACGCCCCAAGAAGUUAAUCCCGCUGUUUCCGCUGCGAGUGGUGGUAAGAAGAUGACUUGGGCUGAGCGACAAGCUUUGGCGAGGAAGGUAGCGGCGGAAGAAGAAGCGCAAAGUCGAGCUGCCAUUGAAAGGAGCAAUCCUUCGGGUAACCGGAUCCCUUCGGCUGGACUGGCGGCAGUUCCUCCAGUUCGAUCUUAUCAUGCGCCCCCCCAAGAAGAUGACUUCGAAACUCCUGCUGCACGAAAAACCGAAUCUGAUGACGAAGACUUUGAGCCUAAUCCUGUACAAAACCUUGCCAGCGCUGAAGAAGCACUUCACCAAAAAAUGAACAACUUGGCUCUUGAAUCUGACCACGCCGUUUCUCCCACCACCGGUAAUGACUUACGGGCCGUGGUGAUAUACGACUACCAACAGGCCGACACCGAUGAACUGGGCCUGGUCGAAGGAGAGACCAUUAUAAAUAUUGAACAAGUUGAUGAAGGCUGGUGGACUGGAAUGUCUGCAGAUGGCACUCGGCAGGGUUUAUUUCCUGCCUCUUGUGUGAGCUUGAUCACCGAAGAAGCAGAAAUAACCCAUGGGGAAGAAGCGUUCACAGCCCCACAAGUAGAGGAAGAAGAAACAGUUAAAGCAGCUCCAGCGGUGGAUAAAGGAAUUUAUGCAAUUGCAAUGUAUGAUUACGAGGCUGGAGAGGAUAAUGAGAUCACUUUCCACGAAGCAGAAGAGAUCAUCGAUAUUGAAUACUCUUCUGAGGAUUGGUGGACUGGUACCGUGGCUUUAUCUGGCCAACGAGGAUUAUUUCCUGCCAAUUACGUCGAAUUACAGGAACAAUGA